AUGUUUUGGAUAAAAGUUCUAGUUUUGACUGGGUUGGUCCAUGUGAGCCUUGCUAUAAACAGUUUUAGUCUAAAGUUUGACGACGCGUUAUUGGCACAACGAGGUUUAGGGUGGCCCCAUAAUCUUCAAGUAACAAAGGGUCAUGAGGCUCUUAUGAAAUUAUUAAAAACAUUGGACAAUGAACAGUCUUGCCAUAUAACUACCCCCACUGGAGAAAAUUUCGAUAUAUCCUCGCCAAAUAAUAACAGGUUUGAACGUUGGGGAGACGAAUGUAGUCUAAGAGUCAAAAAUGUUACCCCAAGCGAUGAAGGAAGAUGGCGCCUUGUCGCUUCAGAUGGCAAAGAUAGCGUAGUAGGAUGGAUCGAGCUUCAUGUUACGGAGGACACGUCGUCAUACAGUGCACCUCCAAUUGAACUAUACGAUGGAACCAGUGACGUGAAGGUAGAUCUAUCAAGUUUAAAUAAUUCCUACUGUUUGGUUGCGAAACCUUUUUCGGAGAGUGCCUUAGUACCAGGGCAUUGCAGUGUUACACUUGAUCGAACUACUAGAGCUGUUCAAGGAAACUGGGAUGUACUUUUGGGACUACCUGGAAUGGUCUCGGAACUGUCGAUGAAGAGGCAUGUUGUUGUCGAAGCGGAGCAUUUGGACGUCGGUUACGUGCAUGACAGCAGUUCUAAUAAAUUACAUAUAUACUGUAAUAUUCUGCAUACGAAGAAGAAUAUAACAUUUUGUCGCUUUCAACGGACGUCGCAGACGUACGGUUAUAAUGUGAUAGAUGGAUUGAGCGAUGGAAGUCACAGCUAUUACGGAAAAGGUUUCGCGUGGAAACAAUGUGGCGUAACAGUUGAGAGACCAACCCAAAGUGAUUAUGGGACAUGGCGGUGUACUCUUGGAGUUCGGAUGUGGGUUGGAAAUCGUAUAGAGGAACAGCCACCUAUGCAGGCAUUGAUUAGUGUUGCUCCUAAGGCAUCGACACGUCGUAAGCGAGAUACUAAACAGGGUGAAAGCAAGGCGGUGUUUGUCCAAGAAGAUGGUUCUCUUAAGAUAAUGUGCCAAGCGGACAUAUCUCUGGUGUACUGUUGGUUCCAACAUCCGAAUGGCUCGCAAUUUACACCCCUGCCACUUACUAGCGAAAGUCAAAUGUUUUGGUAUACAGGAGAAGGUACGUCAGCCGGUGAAUGUGGUAUCACCUUCAACCACGUAAGGGCAGAAGAUUCUGGAACGUGGAGAUGUCAUAUGGGUCCUAGAGGUCAUUUAGGUGUCGAAAUUACAGAUGAUGUAGAAGUCAGAGUCACAGGGCCACUUGCUGCCAAUAGAAAAGAAAUGAACGUGUCCAUUGGUGAACCAGCGACUUUAUACUGCCACACGUCCAAUGGAAAUAGGCCUUUAGCGUAUUGCAGGUUUUUGUCGCCUACGUAUGUGGGAAUCAAUAUCGACUCAUCUGUUACAGAACAAAACGCCAUUUUGGGCCGUUACUAUUUCACACCGGGACGUAACCUUGACAUUGGUGACUGUUCGUUGACGAUAAGUUCAAUUGAAGAACAGGAUAUAGGAGAAUGGACUUGUGCUGCCAUUGUUGAUGACGAAAUUAUGGAGUCUCGGGAUAAAAUACGACUCUUUGUUGCAGAGGCAAUCGUAGCUCGACGCCAAGCCGGAGUCAUAGGUUUCAGCGUCGGAUUGGGUGUCCUCGUUGUUAUAUUUAUUGGCUAUGUGGUUUAUAAACGUGGCCCUUCCUUGCCAUUAUUUAGGCGGCAACAAAAUGCGCCACCAUCAGAAGGUUUCUCUUUGUAUGGUAUGUCAACUAACCCCCCAAGUACGACUGGGAGUAGGUCCAGUCAAAGCAGUACGGAAUCUGCAUCCGUCGCACAAUCAGCUCGGUCGCCAAAAACGUGA